UAAGAACCCUAUUUAAUAAGAAGCAUAGCCCACUGCUUUCUUCCAUGCAUUUGUCCCUUAUAAUUCCACUACCCAAGCAUAUCUCUUCUCUACCUUUCUUGCUCUUGUUUUUUACUUUGUUUCUUUCCUCCUCUCAUCCCAUUUUCCCCUUAGGUUUUUCUUCUCUGACAAAACCACAUCCCAUAUAUUUAUAAUAUCCUUAAACUUUCACUUUGUUGAUUACUUUCCUGAGCCAAAUAUCAAUACAAUGUCAAGCAGAAGAUCACGUUCCAGGCAAUCAGGUGCUUCAAGGAUCACUGAUGAUCAGAUCAUCGAUCUUGUUUCCAAGUUGCAACAGCUUAUCCCUGAGCUUCGUGGAAGACGCUCCGACAAGGUAUCAGCUUCUAAGGUCUUACAGGAAACCUGCAACUAUAUCAGAAGCUUACACAGAGAAGUUGACGGCUUAAGCGAUCGGUUAUCUCAGCUAUUAGCUUCCACAGACACCGAUAGCGACCAAGCAGCCAUUAUCAGGAGUUUACUUAUAACAAAGGUGGAACAGUGGCUACAGUGAACCAUGUUUCGUAAUCCUUGUCAUCAAGAGACUUGUAUACUGUCCGAGUUUAUCCUCGUAUAUUUAUAAAAUAAAAAGAAAUUAUGAGUUGAUUUACA